AGGCUCACACCCAAUUGCCCCAUUCAGAAUCUCCAUUUGUCUCUCUAGGCAUUGCAUUGUGAAGUCCACCCCAUAUGCAUUAUGAUAAGGAAUCAUAAGGAACCAUUAUAAAGAGUACUCUUCAUUCAAAGCAAUAAUACAAUGAGCCUUGGUUUAAGGUGGCCUGAUGGGUUGCAAUAAUACUUAUUGGUGGCAUACAUUUAUUUAGAGAGACCUGUAUAUGGGACUAGGUUUUGGGAUGAUGACCCUGGUAUUAUGUGGGGUGUUUUGUAGAAUACACUUGCUAAAAGAGAAAAUGGAUGUAGCAAACAGCUCAUUUGCAACAACAUAAGCCAAACAAUAUUCUGAGCAGAAUUCUUGGGGAGAUAAUUGAAUUUCAGUCACUGUAACAGCCAGAAGCUUAAUGUAGGAAUAAUCACACAGCAUGAGCUACCAACGAAAUUGGCAGUUCAAAAACUUUCGGUGAGACACACACUCCAUGACAUUUUCAAGCUGUCUUAUACAGUCACACAAUCAACAUACUCCAGUCCAAUAGGUUGACAAUAUUGCAUCUCACACACACAAAAAACAAACAUAUUUCAUGCCAUGACAACCCUGGAAUCAGGCAACUUUACUAAUUAACACUACCUACAAAGUCCAGAUGUGAUGACAUAUCUCUGGCUUAUAUACCUACACAGAGGGUAAUGGUAACACAUUAGAAAAGAAUUUAAUCCAAAAAUCAAAGUUCCAAUCAAAUGAAGAAUCAAACCAGAAUGUCACUCAAAAUGGCAACAGCAAGAUGCUGUCUCAGUGUCAGUCAAGGCAGCAAAGGUCAAGUUGUGAUGGCUUCUCUUCUCUGAAAUGAAUACAGCUCAAAAUAUCAAGUCAAGGUACUUGUGUAAGACCCCCAUCUUCAGCUUGUGGACUGCAGUGGAUGGCUUUGGUCUGAAACAUGUCCGCGUCUGCCCUUGUCUUUGUCUUUCUGGUUUGUUUUUAUUGGCAGACUGUACGAAUGAUAUUUCCCAGCAGCCUGCCAUUUCAUCAUGCACCAGUGGGCAUACUCACAGUGGAGGAUCUGUUCAGGUUACUGAAGGAUCAAUGGACAUGUUUCUAUAUGCCUUGGUUAAAAAAAACUGUGAGAAAUGAGAGCUGACAGCUUGUAACAAGACCAACAGAUUUUAAUUCAGCACAUUGAAAAGGUCUUACAAUAAUUCAAAUACAUAAACCAGAUUUUAUUUGGCAUUUGACCUUUCUAUCCCUAAAGUGUUUAACCGAAUGGUGAUAUUGCAGCUCCUGUGGGUAGCUUAUCCCAUAAUGUUUAACAGGGAGCAGGAGCGCAAUAAACAACAGCAAGUGGACAUAUCAGCUGUAACAGCCUCUGUGAAGCAAUACUUACAAGCUAUACAACACACAAGUUGUUCCACAGGAGGACCAUUAAAUCCGCCCUUAAAACUCAGUGACCUUUUGGAACGUAUCAUAAUUCAAUAGCUGUUCAAUCUUGCCAUUCUUGAGGUGCAACUUACAGUUGGCCUCUGUGGGGAAAUGGAAUCUCGCAACAUGUCAAGCUGACUCAUAGCCUUUUAGAAAGUACCACAGUCAUAGAGACGUAUAUUCAACCAAAUACACCAAAUAUUUGGUGGCAAACCAACAUCUAUGAAAGGAAAGUACAGCACAUUAUAUGCUGGACUGUUGCCAUCCAGUACUUAAGGUAUUUAAUGUUAUGGCAGCAUGACUAGUGAGUAUUGAGUAUUUCUAAGGUGUGGGCAAAAUGUUUUCAUUUUUAUCAGACUGACCUAUAUCUAUAACAGUUUUUCCUUUUUCACACCUAUCGACACCUUAAGAAAUACCCAAAAGUAAAAUGAAGACUUUAUACACAUGUUUAGUUUGUUGAUUAUGUGUUUGUUAAUUAUCUUUUCGUAUCGUUGAUGUUGUGUGGCCUGUGUGAUUUCAGUGAUCUCACCACAUCUCAAUGAUGGCUGUUCGCUAGGAUGUUCAAUUAAACACAGGUCAUUUGUGCAAAUUGAGGUUCUGAUCUGCGGUAUCAAGACAACCAUUCAUUCAUUUGCUCUUCAUGCGCUCAGUUUUUAGAGGAUGAAACAUAGAUUAACUGCAGACUAUGGCUAUUCAGAACAUUUUGAUUUAAUAAGGGUUAAGUUAAAGUAAUCAGGCUGUGUUAAUAAAAGUCAACAAGCGUCAUGGAUGUUCUAGGCUAUGUUAAUGAUCGAUGCCUGUAGGUAUGGGAUGGUUGACCAAUAGGAAUAGGAUACAUAUAUAUUUUUUAAAUCUGGUGUAGUGCAUGAACUGAAUCUCCUUUCAGAUAAAUAAAUAAUUAUAUGCAGUCUCUCGCGGCAGCAUUGUUCACGGUUUGGUAGGAACUUAACGGACACGCUCGUGCUGAAUGAGCGAAUGCAAGUGUUGAAAACAAGUACGUUUUUUUUUUUUUUAAGUUCAUAUACGACAUAUACUUCUUGGCUGACAUUUUGAUUCAAAAGGUUUUCUGUUCACCCAUCCUGACACUUGUAGCCUUCAACUGAAAACCAAGUGAAUAUCGGCGCCAGAAAAUAUGAUCAAGUUCGGAGUAGUCGUUGUAGCUGCAGGUGUACUGGGCUUUUUCAGCUUCGGAUUCCUUGCCUUGGCAAUUGGAACCGAGUACUGGUAUGUAAUAGAUGUGAAUGCAGGUAACUGUUCAGACAGCCAAUCCAUGGCAGGAAUGCAGAGUUCACAUGCCGGAUUGUGGAGAAUCUAUGAAGGUCCGGACAGCAGCCUCUAUGUCAUCUCAGUGGAGGCAUCCAAUCACACUGCAAUGGAGAAACACCUUCUGAGUCUGCACAGAGCCGUGGUGAUACUUCUGCCGAUGAAUCUGUUGUUGCUGGUAGUAGGUGGCAUCUCCUCUCUCUACAGUGCCCUCACGAACAGCACCUGUCUGCUCAAGGCCUCUGCAGCAUACCUACUUCUUUGCAGUCUGUUAACCCUCUCUGGCGUGAGCAUCUAUAUCACCUACUCCCAGCAGGCCCUAGCAGAGGUCCAGCGCACAGUGGACGAGGAGACAUUGUCUCGGGUGCACCUGUCCUUUGGCUGGUCUCUGACUGUGGCCUGCCUCUCUUUCAGCCUGCAGAUAGCUUCUGGGAUUUUACUACUUGUAGCAGCUAGGAUAGCACAGCAGCUGGCUCGCUCUACCAACCCCAGAAUCACAUUGCAACCACUGGAGGCUCAGCCCAGCACAAUAAUGUCCCUCAUGGGGACUUCAAGUUAAUAACAAAUACCCUUUACAACUUACUAUAGCUAUGGAACUGGAACUAUAGUUAGUGCACUACUGCUACGGAAUUGGAUUCAGUAUUUUGGGUCUUGAAUGGUUUUUCCGUGCCAGCAGUAGUGUUAUUCCCAUUCCGUAGCAUUAGGGAACAUGGUGUUUGUCUGGUCGCUGGCGCUCUAUUUGGGGCGUGUCUCACAUGAUUAAAAGUUACAGACCAUAAUUCAUUAAUUCAUUAAUUAUUUAAUUAAUUCAUUAAUUUAAAUUGGGCAUGAAGUGCCUAUAAAAACCUACAACACACUUUGAUCAGGAAUUGAACCCGAGACAACUGUGUGUGCAUCACUGCACCACCAAUUCAAUUUAAUAAUAGGAGGCACGGACUAUUAAUGAACUAUUGACACGGAUUGACAAGUGUUAAUCUUAUCGCCACGGAAUUCCACUUUGUUAGAACAAACACACUGAAAGGAAGCAUAUGUCAGCUACCUAUAUAAUGUACCACAACAAACUCAGUUGGAUAUGUAGAAUACUGUAUAUUGAUAUGAUGCUGAAGUUAUUUCUGUUGUCAGAUAUCACAUUGCUGUUGACUGGUUGAAACAUUUCCCUUCAAGGGAAGGUCAGGGGCUCUAUUGUGAAGCUGAAGAAUCAAUAAAGAAUCUGUCAUUAUGAUUGAAUAAUGGGGAUAAAGAUUUCAUUAGACAGUGGAAUGAAGAAAUUGAUUUAAUCAAGAUUUCUUCUUGUCAUGGUGGUUUUAUUGCAUUUUUUUAUGUAUUUUUACCUCAUUUGAUAUGAUACCAUGCUAUGAUAUUGUAUUCAAAGUGACCUUCAUCUGUGUGCAUGUUAUUUAAUUAUGCAUUAAAUGAACAGAUAAUGGAUGUUGCAUUUAUAGCAAGCCCUUUGGCCAGAUUGAACAAACUCACGUUACCCUUCUGAUGGAACUGGAAAUAUUGCUAUUCUGUUGUUGUAAGACAUUAACUAAGUGUAGCCUUAUU